AUGUUUCCGAAGUCGGAUAUGUCCGACGACAAAGCCAAGGUUAAACCCGAGACCAAAGUCCGUGAGGGUCCAAAAGCUGAAUAUCGGACUAACGAUACCGCUCCCUGGCCAGUCAGUGGUGUCUACAAACCAGAUCCUAAUGAUCCACUUGCAAAAUCCGUGAAUGAAAUGCAAGUUGAAUUCAAAGACAACAAAGUCACGCAGGGUGAUAAACUCCCUGGUCGCGUGUUUCUCGACCUUAAGGAGCCUACGAAACUCGAUGACGUCACAAUUGACCUCAACCGAACGAUGUUGGACGGAUAUGGAUCUCUAAACAAACAAAUACUCCCACAUAAACCGACUGACAAAAAUAAAACCCAGGGCACAGAGCCUCAACCAAAUAAAUUCCGUGUCGUGCCAAUAGUGGAUACGCCUAGCAAAGUACCUCUGCCAGCGGGAACACAUGAGAUUUCAUUCGAGGUUGAGGUGCCCAAAGACGCAAUUCCAUCUUUUUAUUACGUCUCACCAAAGGACGGUGCUAGUGUGCAUAACACAUAUUCGACCGAAGGUGUGGCCAGACUGAAUGGCAAACCUGCUCGAACUGAUAGAGUACCUACUGACGUCAAGAGCCUUGGUGACACACGACAGGGCCUUGGCCAAGAUUUUGGGGACGAUGUAGUAGCGAUUCCUAAAAAGUACAUCACGAAAGACAGUGGCAUUGACUACGUCCUCGGACAGAAGAAAGACAGCAAGCAGCCGAAGUUCGAUACUGUCCCAAAUAGAGUUGUGCAAACGAUUGACGUUCCACCAGUAGGUAUCCACGACGAAAAUAUACUCAGACCUACACUGACGCCAAAAAAACUGGGAAGUCCCCUUCUGUCAUAA